AUGGAGAUGCCGACGGCCGCAAUGAGUACAUCAAAGUUGAUGGAGCUUCCUCAUGAUAUCCUCCUCAACAUCUUUUCGAGACUGCCGGCGGCAUCGCUUUUGCAGUUCCAAUGCGUCUCUAAGAGCUCACGUGACCUAGUUAACGAUCCAGCUCUUACUGCCAUGCACAUGGCAGCUACCAAUGAACACGUCGACGUAGAAGCUAGGGUUCUUUCUGAUUCUCUUUUCCGGAACCAUUUUCAGUUUGUUUCUUGCGGUUUGCUUGGCUUUAGAUGUGAUUGGUCUGAUGGAAAACUUGGUUUAUACAAUCCUUUAAGAGGAGAAUAUCUUGAGCUCCCACUACCUGAAGAUGGAUACAGUAACUGGUAUGGUAUGGGAUUCGAUAGCGUUACUAGUACCCACAAGAUUGUCCAUUUUUUCUCUCGGUUACAUGAUUUGAAUGACACUAAGGUGGGUAAUGUUCAUGUUUUGGGCACAAGCUCGUGGAGAAGAAUACCCUCGGUUCCUCGUUUCUGUCUCAUAAGUAGGGAAAGUGCAUAUGCAUAUGGAAACAUGCAUUGGUUGGUAGAGGGAAACCGGAUAAUCUCUUUUGACUUCGAAAAAGAGGAGUUCGGAUGGACUAUUAAUCCUCCCCAUCUCAAUUUUCCAAGCGAAUCCCAGCUUUUUUUGAUUAAUCUGAGGGGAUCUAUCGCGCUUGUUGAUGUUUCUGAUGAAAAUAUCGAAGUUGAGAUAUGGGUGUACAAAGAAAAGAAGUACUGGGCAAAAGAUUACAGCCUGAAUUUCUGUUGUCCCCCUGAAUAUAGAUACUCUGUGGGCGCUUGGCAGCAUGGCAUAUACAUAUUAAUUCCAUAUGCUAACAAGGCUCCACUGUACUUUACUGUGGUCUAUAAUGAUCUAAGAUGUGAUAGCGUGAGAGGUACUGUACCCAAUGAAUAUUGGCGACAGCGAGAGGAAAUCCGUAUGUUUAGUUAUACUGGAAGCCUGAUUUCUCUAAAAAAGUAUGAUAACUUGAGAACGAAUAACAAGAAGGAGAAGAAUUUUUUUGAUGCUGGAAAGUCUGAACUUCCAGAAUUUCUUUCUGAGCUGAAAGUACCAAGGGACAGGCUAACAAUUUGA